AUGUGUUCGACCGAAGAACAACAACAACUUCUCUCCGUGUUGGAAGAUACUGCUAACCUGUUACAGAAGACUCAAAGUAACCUGAGAAAAUGUCCUAAACAACGGUUAACUAAAGGUUAUAUCGAAGCGCGAAUGAAGAUUAUAGAUGAAUAUUGGCAUACAUUUAAGUGUGCUCAUCAAGAUUUAGUGAAGAUAACACCAAAAGCUCAUAAAGGGACUUUGCCUUAUUUCAUGAAUGAUGAAUUUUUUAUCUAUGAAGAAUUAUACAAUGUGCUACAAGGUGACUUGAAAGAUAUGGUUACUGCAUUAUCGGGAUCUUAUGAAUCAGGGUCAGCGAAUUCUAGUUUUACCCUUCCAAAUCAACAAAAUAAAUUCAUACACUUACCGAAGAUUCAACUACCGAAAUUUUCUGGAACUUAUGAGUCAUGGCAAACAUUUCAAGAUUUAUUUACAUCAUUAGUGCAUAAUAAUUCUUCAUUAAGUGAUGUGCAAAAACUUCAUUUCCUGAAAACAAGUGUUACGCACGAAGCUCAGACAUUACUGAACAACAUACAGGUCACAGAUAACAAUUAUGCUCACGCAUGGGAUAUCUUGAGGACAAGGUACGGGAAUAAACGCUUAAUAUUGAAUCAUUCUAUGAGAAGAUUAUUCAAUCAAAAGAAGAUGACUUCUCAAUCAGCUUCUCAGCUAAAAGGAUUGUUGGAUACAACAACCGAAUGUUUACAUAGCUUAACCACUUUAAACAUUGACACAAGCUCUUGGGAUCCAGUUCUUAUAUAUCUUCUCGUGCAGAAGAUGGACCCAGAGACUCACAAAAACUGGGAAGAGUACGCGUAUAAGGAAGAUUCGGACUGUGUACCUACCUGGAGUGAUCUUAAGAAGUUUUUAGAGACAAAGUUCCGUACAUUAGAAUUAACCAAUCAGAAUAUUACCACCAAGGAUUAUAAAACAACUAAAGAACGUUCAUUUUACGCUGCUACGCCAGUAACGGAGAAAGUUUGUGUUAUGUGCAAGGAUAACCACAGUUUAAGUCAUUGCAAGGAUUUCUGCAAAUUGGAACCUAAUAACAGGAGUGAAUUUGUGAAGGAGAAACACUUAUGUUACAAUUGCUUGGUGCCAGGACAUUCGGCAUUUAAGUGCAAGGUGCCAGUGUCUUGUCGUCUAUGCCACAGACGCCAUCAUUCCCUUUUACAUGUUAAGAAGAACACAAAGCCAGAGGAUUCAUCGGUCUCAUCAUCCCCAGCUGUAACACAUGUAGAAGACGAGCAAGCAAUACAAGUCAACACAAUGAUGACGUCACAAUACAGCGCUAAGCAACGAGUAGCUCUUUUAGCGACAGCAGUAGUGGAAGCUACAAACGAACAAGGACACACCAUCUUACUGCGAGCGCUAGUCGAUCAAGGUUCUGAAGCAGCUUUCAUUAGCGAGAAAGCGACUCAAUUAUUAAAGUUAGAACGACAACCGAUUAAGGGAAGCAUCAUAGGAGUGGGAUCCAAUAGGACCGAAUUGAAACAUGUGGUACAGCUACAGAUAAGAUCACGAUGGGACCGAAACUAUUGUUUACCUAUCAAGGCAUACGUAAUGCCCAAGCAACUGACCACAAGGAUUCCCAUGAAAACAAUCAGCACACCAGAAUGGUCACACAUCCAAGGGCUCAACCUGGCUGAUCCAACGUACUUCAUGCCAGGGUCUAUAGAUCUGCUCCUAGGUGUAAAGGAAUAUGCUGACAUUUUACAAAACAAUAUAAUCAAAGGUCCACCAGGCACACCAAGCGCUCAGAAAACAAACCUAGGUUGGAUUCUUUUUGGGGAAGUUUAUACAACACAACAAAACAAUUAUGUAGUCAUGCAUCACUCAGUCGACAUCGAAGACAUGUUAAAAUCAAUUUGGGAAAUCGACUCAGAUACUAAGAGACAUUUAACAAAGGAAGAGCAACUGUGUGAAGAAUUAUACGAAAGAACAACUAUUAGAACGAAAGAAGGAAGGUACAUAGUUAGAUUACCAUUUAAAACAAACAGUCCACAAUCACCUGAUGGAAACACUAAAUUGAUAGCCAUGAAGAGAUUUGUUCUACUGGAAAAGAAAUUCAAUAAAUCGCCAGACCUGAAAAUAGAUUAUGCAAAAGUAAUUAGUAAUUAUAUAGAACAAGGACAUUUAGAAAAGGUACCUGAAAAGGAAAUAGAUAAAAGAUCUCUAUACUUACCUCACCAUGCGGUCAUCCGUGAUGAUAAAGAGUCUUCUCGAACACGCGUUGUAUUUGAUGCAUCGUGUAAAGGAUCAAACAACCUUUCUUUAAAUGAUGAAUUGCUCGUCGGUCCGCAGCUGCAAGAAGACUUAAGAAACAUUCUAAUGAGAUGGAGAAUGAAACGUAUUUGUUUAGUAGCUGAUAUAACACAAAUGUAUCGGCAAAUAUUAGUGCAUCCAGAUGACACGGACUAUCAGCGAAUCUUAUGGAGGCAGCAUGAAUCUGAUAUCCUAGAAGAAUACCGAUUGCUCAGAGUUACCUUUGGCACAGCUUCUGCACCUUAUUUGGCUGUUAAAACACUUCAACAGGUAGCCAAAGAUGAAGCGAAUACAAACACCUUAGUUGCUCGAACUAUUAACGAAGAUUUUUAUAUGGAUGAUCUUUUGUCGGGUACAGACACAGUAGACGAAGCUAUAACUCUAUCACUCGAAUUAACUCAUACACUCAAAAGAGGAGGAUUCAUACUUACUAAAUGGGCAUCCAAUAGUAUUGAAGUCAUGAAAUCCAUUGAAGAAGACAAACGAUCAGUCAAUGCAAGUAUUGAUUUGAAUCUAAACGGAACCAUAAAAGCACUUGGAAUCACUUGGAAUUUAAAAUCAGAUCGGUUUCAAUACAAUUGUAAUUUUCCAACCAAUGCCAAACCAAUAACCAAACGCAAAAUACUGUCGGAUAUACAAAAACUGUUCGAUCCUCUGGGUUGGAUUGCACCUACUACUGUUAUGGCUAAAAUACUUAUACAAAAGCUUUGGCUUGAGAGAUUGCAAUGGGAUGAUGAAGUUAGUGAUACCUUACAAGAAGAAUGGCAGCAAAUCAGAUCUGAUCUCAAUAAUAUAAACGAAAUAAAAAUCGAAAGAUGGCUUGGCACACUAUCUUUUAGCAAUAAUAAAGCACAAAUACAUGGUUUCUCUGACGCAUCAAUGCGUGCAUAUGCAGCAGUAGUCUAUAUUAGGAUUGAAAACUCUGAUGGAAAUAUAGAAACAAAACUUAUAGCUGCUAGGACGAGAGUGGCACCAUUGAAAACAAUUUCAUUACCUCGCCUUGAGCUCAGUGGAGCCCUAUUGCUUUCAAAACUAAUGAAGCAAGUUGGAACAUCAAUGCGAAUACCAACAUCAAACAUGAUUGCAUGGACCGACUCUUCGAUCGUCAUCGCAUGGCUUUGUGGCGAACCCAAUAGAUGGAAGCCCUUUGUAGCAAACCGUGUGGUAGAAAUAAUCGAGAACCUCAAUAAUAAGCAAUGGUACCACGUUCAGUCACACGAAAAUCCCGCUGAUUUGGCGUCACGAGAGCGUUGUGUGCUCGGUGCUGCGCUGGUCGCUCCCCGGCGCACAUAA